UACGUCGUUAUCGAGUUAACUAUUCAGUUUCUUGCGGGUAUGUAUGUAUAGAUCUAUCUGUUAUGGUCAAUUAUCCAGGUAGCUAGCUGCCCAUCUAUUGUAGUUUUUGGGUGUCUUUUCAAUAUUUUUACUGGUCAGCAGAAUUGGAAUGGAUACGUUUUCAGAAUUGCAGAAAGCCAGAUGCGUAUAGCUCGUUUACCUAAACUAGCUGUUAUCUAGUUGUAAACGUCAGUGACACCAUCAGUCUUUAAGAAUGAUGCUAGACAGUGUGCCAAUGUUUGGUAUAAUAGCUCGCUUGUUUGCAAAUUUAGUAGUACGAACAGUUAAUGGUAGGAAUCGGUAAUUUAGUCUAGCCGACUAGGCUGCUGGAUUUGGGGUUAUGUUAGGAUAACGGCAUUGUCUGUACCAGUUUGUGUAUAGGAUAGGAGGCAAGUAGCGAGCUUGCUUACUUAUUGAGAGCUGCUAGAUAUUUUUUUGAUUUGAUUGCUAGCCUGCUAGUUAACCUUGCCUAACACCACUUGCUGUAUAGCUAACUAGCAGUCCUGUUGUUAUGUCGGUUGCUUUAGAUUAAUUUGAAAAUGAGCGGUUGUGAAUGUAGCCUAUUCAAAAGCAGUCUGAGGCAAAAAUGCUCUACCCACUCAGUUAGUGUUAACAAAUAACGCAUAUAAUAAAUACGUAUAAGUUCUGUUAGACUUGUUAUAUGAGAACCACUUGUGCUUGCGCAGUGGUAUGAUCAUUAGCAUGCUGUCUCACUGUUGACAUCUGAACAAAGACAGGCAGACGUAGCUACGUAACCCAUGUGCUGUUAGUAACGUCUGACGUGAUGCAUUUUACCUGCAGAGUAGUGGCGUUAGUUCUGAACUUACUGGUGCACAUGCUGCGUUUCGGUCUGCGUAUAGAUGUCCCGCUGGGCUGGUUGUGAGGGACGGCACUGUUUGUACUAUAUUUGGCCGUGGGAGGUUCCCUUGUUUGUAGUUGACAGCUACGUGAGACUUGGGUGUAACCGCAUAGCGGCUGUUCCGUAGCCCCAUUUGCCCAGCGUAGUGCCAGGAAAGCUGCGGCGCAUUUCGCUGUUCGUCAGAGCUUACGGACUCCUGCGGGUUGAUCAUGCACAGGAAGAGGCGGGGCAAUGCGCGGUCUUGCAGAAGCCUUCAGGAACACAAUGACCUGGAAGCAGCAGAGGCCCUGGUGUGCAUGAGCGGCUGGGGUCAGAGGUCACAACGCCCCCUCACCCCCACCUCCGACUCAUGCGACUCCCUCAUUCAGGCCGACUCUGCCGAACCCCCCAAGGACUUUGUCUCCUUCUCCUCCCUGUGCAUGACUCCUCCUCACAGCCCCAGCUCCGCAGAGACCUCCCCUCUGGCCACCUCUGCCCCCCAGGGCAAGGCGUCUCCCGGUCUGUCUCAUAGCUGCAAAAGACUCUGCCCCGCCCCGUCUGCCACGCUCCCCGUCCAGAGACCGCCUGACACCCCGCCCUGCAGAGCCAUGGCGACCAGCGUCAUCCGCCACACGGCCGACAGCUCCCCCUGCCACCACAUUCCGACGGCCGCCGCCCAGCCCUGCGCCCGCCUCGCGGCCCCUCCCGCCCCAAAAGCACGGGACGCUGACACGCCCGCCCCCCUGCCCCCUCCUCCCGUGUCCAGCCAUCCGAUCAUCUGCCAGGUGGUGCCCGUGGCGGGCCAGCCGGGCAUGAUCUCGGCGUUCGUGCAGACGCCGGUCCGGACUUCGGCGCACGGCAUGAAGCCGCUCCUGCCGCAGCCCUUCCUGGUGGGCUCCCCGGUGAUGCUGGUGGUGCCCCCCUCGUCCGUGUCCCCGGCCUCUCAGUGCGCGCAGACUGUGGUGACCCUGGGCAGCUCCAAGCUGCUGCCCCUGGCCCCCGCCCCCGUCUACCUGCCCUCGGGACAGAGCGCCGCCGCGCACCUGGACUUCUCCCGCCGCCGCAACUACGUCUGCAACUUCCCCGCCUGCCGGAAGACCUACUUCAAGAGCUCUCAUCUCAAAGCGCACCUCAGAACUCACACAGGUGAGAAGCCCUUCAGCUGCAGCUGGGAAGGCUGCGAUAAGAAGUUUGCGCGCUCGGACGAGCUGUCGCGGCACCGGCGCACCCACACGGGCGAGAAGAAGUUUGUGUGCCCCGUGUGCGACCGCCGCUUCAUGCGCAGCGACCACCUGACCAAGCACGCCCGCCGACACAUGUCCACGAAGAAGGUCCCCACCUGGCAGACCGAGGUCCGCAACCUCAACAAGAUGGCCGCCGCCAAGACGCCGGCGCCCGUCAGCAUUCUAGUACCUGCCUCAAAUUAGCCACACUACCCACCCCCCCCCCAUUCCCUCUCUCCUAUGGGACUCCUCUCACUCAAAACCACCCUGGGAGAAAGGCUAUAACACACUCAUGGGAAAAAAAACCACACAUGCACUGGACUUGAAUCUUUCUUUUAUGCUCAUUUGUACUUUUUGAAAAGGACUUUUUUUGUUUACUAUCAUGUUUUACAAAGUUGUAAUGUAUGCACUCUUUGCCAAAGCCUUUGAAGUUUGUCGGUUACGGUCUGUCUUUCUGUAUGUUUAUAUAUUUGUACAUAUCAAUAUCUGUUUGAAUGUAUUGUGUAUCCUAAACAGCAUUUAUUUACAGAAUAAUGAAAAUGUUAUUGAUAUAUGGAAAAUACUUAAGUGAACAGUAAUCCACACUGUGAUAAUAAUGUAACAUUUCACUUUGGGUAUUAUUUAAUAAACAUUUGUAAUAAAAA